GUGUGUGUGUGUAUGUUUGUGCUGAGAUGUGUGUGCGUCCUUCAUGAACUGAAGGAAGAAUCAUUCUUCUCACUCUUCUAUGAGACCUGACAACGCACACUUCUGCCAUCCUUCUGAUAAAAAUCGACCCUCAGACAGACAGACACACACACACACACGCACGCAAAAAGGACGGGAUGCUUUACCUGCUACUGAUGAUGGCCGUUGUGCCAUGCUUUACACAAGACAUUAGGCCUCCUGUAAUCCAGCAGAAGUCAGUCGUGAUCAAUGAGUCGGACAUCGUCCUGAACCUCGGCUCCCCUCUGGAGCUGCAGUGCCACGGUGAUGCUCCGGUCGCCUGGCAACCCCGACUGGCCAAACACAAGAAGCACAUCAGCAAGGGCAAUGGUAGAACUAAGACAUUCCGUGUGGCGCGAGCCGAGGCAGAACACACAGGAACGUACAAGUGUGUGUACACCAACGCCAGUCUCACACACCUCUACUCCACCGUCCAUGUGUAUGUGAGAGACCCUGCGGUGGCGUUCGUGGUGUCCAGCGGCGCUCUGCGUCUUGUGCGUAAGGAGGGCGGUUCCUGCGUUCUGCCAUGCCUCAUCACUGACCCCGCCCUGGCCCCCGUCACGCUGCGAUUGGCUAAUGGCUCGGCCCCACCCCCCGACCUCAACUUCACCUCCGACCCCCACAGAGGGGUCACGCUCAUCCAGCUGCGUCACAGCCACACAGGGGACUACGUCUGUGCUGCCCACGCCAGAGGCCAUCAGGAGAUCUUCUCCAGAAUAUUCAGCCUCAACGUCAUCCAGAGGUUACAGGCUCCACCCUACGUGUUCCUGAAGCAGACGGAGUAUGUGCGCAUCGUGGGGGAGGAGCUUAAGAUCAGCUGCACCACCCACAACCCCAACUUCUACUACAACGUCACCUGGAUACACAACUGCUCACACGCAUUGCGUCCGGAGGAGAAUGUCCACUCGAAGGGCAGUCAGCUGGACAUCGAGAGUAUUUUCACUAUUCCUGCGGUAACGCCAGAGGAUUCCGGAAACAUUACCUGUGUGGGAAUCAACGAAGCUGGAAUCAACAGCUCAUCAACACGUCUACAAGUUAUAGAUGAGGCGUACGUGCGUGUGCGUGUGGUGCAGCCGUCGGAGCUGGACAGGGGUCUGCUGGAGGUGGCCGAAGGGGAGGACGUGCAGGUGCAGCUGCUGGUCGACGCCUACCCUGCCCUCACCUCACACACCUGGACCACGCCCACCUCGCCAUCCAACACCACCCUCGAGCAGCACCUCUACCGCCAUGGGCCCUACAGGUGGGAGGCCUCUCUGCUUCUCAGGCGAGUGAACUAUCAGGAACAGGGCCUGUACACGUUUACCGCCCUCAGCUCCAAAACCAACGCAUCCAUCUCCUUUAAGCUCCUCAUGUACCAGCAUCCGGUUGUGGCGGUGCGGCGUGAUAAUGCGAGCGCGCUGACCUGUGUGUCGGAGGGAUACCCUGCGCCCACCAUCCUGUGGUACCAGUGCUCCGGAAUCCACGCCGGAUGUGCUGAGAACAUCACGGGAACAGAGAGCCUGUCCCAGCUCAGGGCGGAGUCUGUUGAGGUGGAGAGGGCGGAGUUUGGGGCGGUGCUGGUGGAGAGCAAGCUGCUGAUUGGCCAGGCAGACCGACACAUCACUAUCGACUGUGUGGCCUCAAACGCUGUGGGCCAGAGCAGAGCAGUGUUCGCCAUGGAAGUACCUGAUAAGCGCUUCUCUACUUACCUUGCUGGUGGCGCUGGAGUGGUGGCCUUUCUCAUUCUUCUGCUCCUCAUCCUCCUCUACAAGUACAAGCAGAAACCCCGCUAUGAGAUUCGCUGGAAGAUCGUGGAGGCAACCAAUGGAAACAAUUACACUUUUAUUGACCCCUCUCAGCUGCCGUACAAUGACAAAUGGGAGUUCCCUCGUGAUAAGCUCAGACUGGGAAAGACUCUAGGGGCUGGAGCCUUUGGUAAGGUGGUGGAGGCCACAGCAUAUGGUCUGGGAGAGGGAGACAACGUCACACGAGUGGCCGUGAAGAUGCUGAAGGGGAGUGCUCACUCAGACGAGAAGGAGGCUCUGAUGUCAGAGCUGAAGAUUCUCAGUCACCUCGGGCAGCACAAGCACAUCGUCAAUCUCCUGGGAGCCUGCACACAUGGAGGUCCUGUGCUGGUCAUCACUGAGUACUGUUGCCAUGGUGACCUGUUGAACUUCCUGCGAGGGAAAGCGGAGAGCUUCCUGAGCGUGGUGCUGACCCUCCCGCCCACCCCUGAGGACACCAGCGACUACAAGAACCUGCUGGGAGGACCCAAGUUCAUACGCAGUGACAGUGGAAUCUCCAGCACUUGUUCUGACAGCUACCUGGACAUGAGGCCGGUUCCAGGACCUGGUGGCUCUCAAGCCCUGUCAUGUGGUCAGGACAGAGAUUCAUGGCCAGUGGAUAUGGACGAUCUCCUGCGGUUCUCCCUCCAGGUGGCCCAGGGCCUUGAGUUUCUUGCCAAUCAGAACUGUAUUCAUAGAGACGUGGCGGCACGUAACGUUCUCCUGGCGGAGGGUAGAGUGGCGAAGAUCUGUGACUUUGGGCUGGCCCGUGACAUUAUGAACGACUCAAACUAUGUCGUCAAGGGAAAUGCUCGUCUGCCUGUGAAAUGGAUGGCCCCAGAGAGCAUCUUUGAGUGUGUGUACACAGUGCAGAGUGAUGUCUGGUCCUACGGCAUCCUCCUCUGGGAGAUCUUCUCUCUGGGUAAGAGUCCGUACCCCAGCAUCCUGGUUGACUCCAAGUUCUACAAGAUGAUCAAGUGUGGCUACCAGAUGCAGCGACCUGACUUCUCCCCUCCUGAGAUGUACUCUAUUAUGAGGAUGUGCUGGACCUUGGAGCCUACGGAGCGUCCCACCUUCAGUAAGAUCUGCAGCAUGAUCCAGAGGCUACUGGGAGACGAAGUGGAGCCGGACACCAUGGGAACCUAUCAGAACACUGAGCAGCUGAAGCAGGAGGAGCCGGUGGGAUCAUGUGAUGAGCUCAAGUGCACCGAGGAGUCAUGUGACCAGUCACAUGAUGCAGAACAGGAAGAGGAGCAGCCGCUUAUGAAGACCAACAAUUACCAGUUCUGCUGAGAGAUCAGACUCACACACACACACACUGAGCCUCUCUGCUGAGAUCACUUCAAACAUACACACCACCAAACACGUACUCUCUUUUAAACACACACACACACACUGACCCUCUCUGCUGAGAUCACUUCAAACAUACACACCACCAAACACGUACUCUCUUUUACACACACACACACACAGCUACUCUCUUUUACACACACACACAGCUACUGUAUAUUGUCUUCAUUAGUUUAGCCAUAAUCAUGUUAAAGUGUCCUUAAGCUACUGUAUGUAUGAGAAUACUUCAUGUGUUGUAUGCAGUUUAGUGAGCCUGCAGCUCUACCUAGACUGAUGCAGUUCAGUGUGUGAAUGCGUCCUGCAGUUCAGUGUGUGAAUGCAUCCUGCUGCUCCCAUGUGAUAGGUAUCUACCGUGUGGGAAGCUGGAGCCAAUCCAGAUUAAUCUAAAGUGGAUCUGGAGCCAAUCUGAAUUCAAUCUAGAGUGGAUCUGAAUUUGCUGAAGGGGGGGUCAGGUGUUCUCCAUUCCUUUUUCUCUACUGCAUUCUGUGUGUUUGACCCUCUGGACACAUGUGUGUGUGAGACAUCCAUCUUUAGAUAAAUCAGAAUAGUAGAGGUUCUGGGAACUAGUCUUACUCACAACGGAGUUUCCUUCUCAUUCCCCGAACAAGUACAUCUUUUUUAUUUCUGUCUGUGUGUGUGUGUGUGUGUGAGAGAGAGAGAGAGACAGAGUGUGUGUCUGUGUGUGUGAGAGAAAGAGAGAGAGAGAGAGUGUGUGUGGGUGUGUGUGUGGUUCCUCCUUUGCUUUCUGUCUGACUGGAGUGGACCCAUCCUCUUCCUUCUAAUAUGAAUCGGUCAGAUGCAAGAGACUUGACCUGACAUACUUCACCACACAUUCUAGUUGCCAUGAGAGCCUUUGCAGGGCACAGAUUUGACAGUACUGAGGCCUGUAUCCUAGAACUGAAGCCUGGGAAAUAAUGUUUUUGUUUGGUUGCUAUGGUUUUCUGUGAUGUAGCACUCAGCGGAUACUGCCAAAUGACCACUAACUGACCUCAUCACUGGACCUCAAGUCUUUCUCUUAGGGUCAGGAUGUCGUAAUCUCUUUAACUCAUGAAGCUGCAGAGUUGCAGUAUGUAGCCACGCUGAUCAGACCUGUGUCACUGGCAGGGAGUCUGUAGCCAUCUGUAGCUGUCUCACUAGUUAGUCUGUAGCAAUCUCAGCCUUUGAGGGCAGGUCAUCAGACCAGUCUGCACCCCACACAGCAUCUUGUCACUGGUCAGUCUGUAGCAAUCUCACCCUUUGAGGGCAAUUAAAUUAUUUUGUCCCCGAGGGGCAAUUUCCCUAUGCAGGCAUAGUGACAUAUAAGACAUAAAACAACAUAUAAGACAGGACAAAAGAAAGAACAGGACAGACCGGUCAGCACCCCACAGCAUCUCACUGCUCUAAAGGUGUCUUAGGGGUGAGUGUUAUCGCUGUUGAAUUUGUAAAACUAAUAUAAUAUAUCAACUUCACUGAUGAUGGGUACAAGUUUGAAAUGCUGCCUCAACGCCAGUCUUUUUCUUCAGACUUGCUCUUAGCGUACUUUUUUUCUAAUUUACUUUUGCGAGCCCAGGGCUCCCUUGAAAGAGAUGCUAGAUCUCAAUGAGACUCAGCAGGUUAAAUGAAAUAAUAAAUAAAAUUAAAAACAGAAAAAUGAUUUGAGUUGUAGAGCAGUAGCCCCUGUCUCCUGUGUGUCUGUCUAAAGGAGGUGGGCUGUAGCGGUCAUCUCUGAGUCCAGUGUGUGUUGUAGAAGACGACAUCAUGCCAGUCUCACAGAUGGUGAGUUUGUAGAAUUUUGUGCGCCAGGCUUGCUGGGCCUAGGGUCAGGAGGUCAUGAUGGGUAGUGUGGGCAUUCUGCCACGCCCCUGGGGUCAGGAGGUCAUGAUGGGUAGUGUGGGCAUUCUGCCACGCCCCUGGGGUCAGGAGGUCAUGAUGGUGAUUGUAUAUUUUUGCAAUUUGUCUGGAGACUGCUGGUGUGUAAUCUUCAAUAUCAUGUAUCUAUCAAACUAUAUUCUUAUUCACAUGUUAAUGAAAUGAUAAUGUAUUCUUUCCAACUGUAUUCUUCCACAUGUUAAUGAAAUGAAAUGUUCAAUAUAAAUCCUCUUCGAUAUAAAGUUUAUAGCUGUAUUCAGGUUUGUGCCAACCAUUAAAGCUGGUUUCGUUGUAUUCUGUGCAAUGACAUUAAAGAAUUCUAUUCUAUUCUAAA